AUGGCGCUCAGCUCCCGGGCUCACGCCUUCUCGGUGGAAGCUCUCGUGGGCCGCUCGGCCAAGAGAAAGGGACCCGACGGCCGCGACGAGGAGAGCGGGGCGGGCUGCAGGCAGAGCCGCAGAGCAUCCGAGCCCGAGAAGCGGCCCAAGGCCGGCACCGAGAGCCGGGAGGUGGGGGACGAGGUGCAGGUGGAGCUGCAGGGCUCUGAGCUUUGGAAGAGGUUCCACGAGAUCGGCACCGAGAUGAUCAUCACCAAGGCCGGCAGGCGGAUGUUCCCAUCAGUCAGGGUGAAGGUGAAGGGGCUGGAGCCAAUGCAACAGUAUUACAUCGCCAUCGACGUCGUGCCAGUGGACUCCAAACGGUACAGGUACGUCUACCACAGCUCGCAGUGGAUGGUGGCAGGGAACACGGACCACUCCUGCAUCACACCACGGCUCUACAUCCACCCUGACUCCCCCUGCUCGGGGGAAACAUGGAUGAGGCAAAUCAUCAGCUUCGACCGGGUGAAGCUCACCAACAACGAGAUGGACGACAAGGGGCACAUCAUCCUGCAGUCCAUGCACAAGUACAAGCCCCGCGUCCACGUUAUUGCCCAGGACUCCCGCUUCGACCUGGCGCAGAUUCAGUCGCUGCCAGCCGAAGGGGUGCAAACCUUCUCCUUCCAAGAGACCGAGUUCACCACGGUGACGGCCUACCAGAACCAGCAGAUCACCAAGCUGAAGAUCGACAGGAAUCCCUUUGCCAAAGGCUUUCGGGACCCUGGCAGGAACAGGGGAGUGCUGGAUGGGCUCCUGGAGCCGUUCCCAUGGCGGCCACAACUCGCUCUGGACUUGAAGGCUUUCGGGGCGGACAGUCAGGGCAGCAGCUCCAGCUCCUCCCCGGUGACCUCCAGUGCUGGGACACCCUCUCCUCUCAACCCGCUGCUGUCCCCUCCGUGCUCACCUCCCACCUUCCACCUGGCUGUGAGCGGUGCCGGCGCGCCGUGCCCUGAGCCCCACCUGCCCGGCCUCGGCGUGCCCCUCUGCUACCGGCUGUGCUCCGCCAACCUCCUCCGCCAGCAGCCCCUCAUCCUCCCCAGCCACCAGAAGCCAGGCAGCCCCGCUCCCCCCGUCCUGCCCCACUUUGUGGUCGAUGUGCCCAAGCUCUCCUCCCUCGGCAUCGCCAGCCUGAAGAGCUCGAAGUCUGAAGACCUGAAUGGGCCGUGUCUGCAGGUCCCCAACUCUGCCAGCCAAAUGCUGUAUGGAUUACACGCAUCUGGAAACAUUUUCCCAUCGAGUCCCAUUGCUCGGGAAGCACUUAAUUGUUCCUUACAUCCUCCAUAUGGUUUGUACGGCUACAGCUUCUCCGUGCCAUCCAGACUGACGAGCGCGGCGAGCCAUUUUGGGGUGAGUGACAGCCUGCCUGCUGCCUUCAGGGACGGCCGGUGCAAUCACCCCAGCUGGCACUCAGCAAUUAACCACUGCCUUUAG